AUCACUAACUCCUUGUCACUCAAACACACUCUCGCAAUUGGCUUUCCGCAAACAACUACUCAAACUUGUUUUAACAAUUCUAGGGAUAAAAAAAGGAAGCCGGAUUUAGAAAUUCCUGAUUCCGUUAGGUUGGAGACUAGUCAUUGCCGGUCCAUGUUUCACAAGUUAAAGGCUAGUCUUCUUCGCAGGUUUCAAUUGAUUGAAUAUGAUGAUGAUAUGGUUGGUGAGGAUGUUAAUUAUGGAAAUAAACUUGGUCCUGCCUCAUCGGUGGGGCACUUGUGUAAUGGAAACAAACAUGUGAUUUCUUUGAAACUGGUUAUCAAGAAGCAAUAUGAUAAUGUGAACCAAAAUAAGGUGAUAUUAUCAAUACAACUUUCUCCGGUGAAAAAUUUCCCAAUUCCUAGGGAUAAACAAGCUUCCUUUUGGAUUAGAAACAUGCCAGAGUGGGUUGGUAUUUUCCAAUGA